AUGCCCCGAAAAAGGCAGACAGACAGACAUUUAGACAGACAGACGAACGGACGGACGAACGGACGGAAGGACGGACGGACGGACGGACUGGCAGGCAGACAGACUGGCGGUCAGGCAGGCAGAAAGGCGGGCAGGCAGACAGGCAGGCAGACAGACAGAUUUAGCUUAAAACUUGCUCGAAGCUCGCAGUAUGGCACAGACCCUCUUGUAGAAGAGAAUCAACAGCUGAGGGAGGAGAACGAAAAAUUGAGGAAAGAGCUGCAGAUGUUUGAGUUUGGCGUCAACAAUUCUAAGGAUGAUGACAAGGACACAAUAUUUUACACUGAAUGGUGGGAGGAGCAAACGGCAGCCACUCGUGAGCUUCUGAAACAGCUGGUGAAAGAGGGCCGACUUGAGAUAUCCCCCGGGGGUUGGGUGGUAGCAGAUGAGGCGUCUGUCCCUUACACUGCCUACCUUGACCAACUGUCCGAAGGCCGGAAUUGGGUCAAGCGUAACAUUGGAACAUUGUCAGAUAUUUCUUUUGGCCUGGAUCAGUUCACCUUGUCUCCUGGUGCCGCCUAUAUGCAACACCACUAUGGGAUUCGAAAUGCUGUGUUAAAGCGGUUACAUCAUGGAAUCAAGGCGUUUAUGAUGACAAACCGGUUAAUGAACUUCUGGUGGCGACAGGAAUGGGAUAAAAGCGGUGAACACGAUACUUUCGUGCAGGUCGAGCCAUAUGAAUGGCUUAGUUUUCCAGAUAGCUGCGGCCCAGACCGAAAUGUAUGUUCUGACCUUGAUCUUACAAAUCAUGCGCGAUUACCCGAUCUGAACACACCAGAGAUCAAUAAAACGAUUCAUUUACGAUACCAUAAGUACAAUAACCUUGAUGAUUUUGCAACAAAACUAGUAAAGGCGCUGCAUCAAAAGAGUGAAGGCUAUCAGCACAAACAGAUUCUUCUGCCUUUGGGAGAUGACUUCAGAUACAACACUGAAGCCGACUGGAAUCAACAGUACCGAAACACGCAAAUACUCAUGAGGUAUAUCAAUUCACAAAGCAAAUUUAAAACGAACAUCACAUUUGGUACGCUGCAGAAAUUCUUCGAUGACAUGAAAACAAACAAAGCCAACACCAAUUUACACUAUCCAAUUAUUACUGGAGAUUUUAUGCCUCUAAAAGUCAAAUCUUCGCCUUUCUACUGGAGCGGUUCUUUCACCACAAGACCCUUUCUAAAAAGACUUGGCCGAGAGAACUAG